UCACUUUUUAUAUUUUGAAGGCCACAACUUUGUCUCUACUAAAUGGCUUUUGCUUUUCUUUUCGGCUGGCUUUUGAUUCUGGGUUCAUGUCCCAGUGUGUGGUCCUGUCUGCAGUGUGACCAGGUGGUUCGUUAUGUGCAUGAAGACUUCCUGUCCUCUGUUAAAGACAUCACUGUCCGUGAUCAGAUUGAACUGAAGCAAAUCAUUGAGCAUGCUUACGUCAACUAUCGGGACACCAGCACACUGUCUCAUGGUGUCAUAGAUCCUACAACACUCUAUCGUGCACGGACAGAAUAUCAGAGUGAAUUCAAGAGGCACUGGAAAGAAGAUAGGACAGAUUCUAUUCAGUGGGAUAUGAUUAAUAUUGUGGAGAAAGGAAAGAGAAUCCUUCGGAAACAUUUGGAGGUUUUUGUUGCCCAAGGUCUGUGUCCAAAUAAAUGCGGGCUGUUGUAUCAAAGAGUGAUGAACUGCACUUCCUGUCAGUAUGGGCUCUUUACGUGUUUGUCAGCCACGCCGCCACUAGACUGUGGAGAGCAUCAUCUUGAGGCAGAUGAAGGAGAGGAGGUGGUGCUGGACUGUUUCCUGCCCUGGCACGCUCUUAUAGUUGGACAGACCGAGUACCAUUACUCCUGGCAUCCUGGAGAAAAGAAUCUGUCACAUGAUGGGGAGUAUGAAGGGCUGGUGGUGACAGAGGAGUCUAAAAUUGUACUCAAUCAGCUGAAAGUCAGUGAGGAAGGCACGUACCGCUGCCUCCUACAGGAUCCAAAGGGGACUGCAUUGUCCCUCAUGUAUUUCAAACUGAAAGUCAACCCACUACCAUCUACAACCCCUAGACUGAUCGUGACACUUCCGUCCCUGCCCUCGGGUUAUGAUGCCACACUCCACAGCCUUCAGAGGAACAGUUUUAUCAUUAUACUGAUUUUACUGACUAUACUCAGCAUCACAGGCAGUCUUGUCAUCAUAGUGAACCUCAGAGUGACCAUGAAGCGGCAGAAGGAUGCGAGAGACAGCAGGAGAGGAGGAGAGGGGGAGGAUGGGGAGGACAUUGAGCUGAUGAGUGUGACAGAAUGAGGGAUGUGAGCCAAAGAGACACAUGAAUAAAAGACUACAGAAGA